AUGCGCAUUACUGGCAGUUCUUCAAAUAAGAAAUUAGAAAAAGACAAAGUCUGUUCUAACGUUUCGUCGGUAUCGCAAUUGAAUGAUGGUCUCUCUAAAGUUUUAAAGACUAAAGUUAAGAAAGAGGAAACUUCAUCAAUUGGUAAUAACUUAGGUGAUAGGACUAGGCCAUUCGCAAGUCAAGAUAUCCAUAGUAAAUAUAUUAUGUCGACAUCGAAAGGCCAAGAAAUAUCAUCUUCCAUCAAAGAAGUCACGGAUAGAUCUGCUGGACCUUCAUCUUCCAGUGUCCGACGUCACAGCUAUGCCAGUAACGAGAACAAUUGUCGUUUGAAUGCAAAGCGUCCUCGACUAGAGAUUCCACCAAGGAGUGAGGCAGCUGACAGAAGUGCGGGCAAUUCAUCUACUACUAGUAGAUAUGGUCGGACAUUACAGAAUCGCGAAAGGCAAGGUUACGUACCUCCUCGCCAGGAACGGAGUCAAGCAAUCGCUGAUGCUAGCAAUCGGCCAACUCCUCAAGUACCUAUUGUUGGUCCUCAAGUUGAAACUGCUCGUGCUGCUUCCGUUGGUCUCACUCCGCAACAUACAACGGACCCCGCAUUGGCUGCUGAUAAUACUUCACUUUCUUACGGCUAUAAUGUUCCUGUUAUUAAUCACGACGGUGCUCGUGCGGAAGGAAAUUCUGUCUGGCCGUCGCUUCCUUAUAUUUGCCUUAACCGUCAACAUUAUCAACAACCAGAUACAUUACAGAGUCAUCAAUUACCGUCACUUGAUAUGCAGACUGGGCCAAUUCAACCACCAAUGGCAAAUAAUCCAAUGUUUCCCGUUGAAGUUAUUGUUCCUAACAGUAAUGUCGACCACUUCACCAACAACGUAGCUCCUCAUAAUUCUCUUCAGUCACUACCCUAUCCGCCAUUUGCUGGCUCUACACCCUACGAGAUAAAUAAUAAUGUCACUCCCUCAGUGCAUACUGAAUCAUGGAAUAGGCCUAUUAACUAUCGCUCGACUCCGUAUCAUGGCCAUAACCCUGUUAUGAUGCAUACCUAUCUUCCUAGUGGAACAUUUCAUCAGCAUGUCAUUCUACCGUCAGCUAUAACAACUUCACCUGGUUUUGUUCCUAUUCCGGUUGUACAAGUGCAACAAGGCACCAAUAACAUGUCGUUCCGUCCAUUACCCCCUCGUAGCCCACAUCAACAAGGAUCAAUGAUGAGAUUUGUGAAUACCAUCUCUAGUUCCCCUCCCGUGCAUGCCUUUUUUUGGUUGCCUGAUAGUCGAAGUAGCCGCUUAGACUCUCAGAGUGGUAACUAUGAGACAAUGUUUGCUGGAUUCGGAGAUGGCGUAGGAGACAAUAAGCGUCGUGGUCUGUCUAAAACUGAAAUAGAAUCGCUUCCUUCAUUCAGAUAUGCAGAUAAACCUGAAGAAGAGAAGAAAGCUUCGAAAGGAUGUGUCAUUUGUAUGUCAGACUUUGAAGAUAUCGACUGCCUCAGGGUUUUAAUGUGCAAACAUGAGUUUCAUACCAGUUGUAUAGACCGCUGGUUGAAGACGAAUAGGACGUGUCCGAUAUGCCGUGGAGAUGCUAUUAAGAAAUGAUUCUCAUGUCUUUAUCAAGAGUCAUUACUAUAUCGAUAUAAUAUUCCCUGCAGUACUUCUGUACAGAUUUAAUUUACGGCGUUUAUCUCUGUGGUACAUACAGUACUAGUAUAUUCUACAUAUAUAUACAUAGAUGUAUACGUACGAAUAUACCAUGCUACAAAUUGUAUUCAAAAG